CCGGCCGCCACCGGAGGGUCCUUCGGAGGAGAGUGAUGGGUCCUGCUGGAAAGAGCUUUCUGAUGGCACGGCUGUGAGUGAAACCAGCACAACAUGUUCAGUGUUGAAGACCUCCUGAUUUCUCAUGGAUACAAAUUGUCAAAAAAAACCCCUGUUUCAUAUGAGAACAGAUAUGAUGGGUACCGGCGAGAAAUCAUGGGGAGCAGAUCUGCUCAGAGAACGCUGAGUGGGUUUGAGGCAGAGUUGAGAGCUGGGGCUUACAGCAAGAAACCUCUGGUGAAAACCAACUCGAGCAGCACUGAAAGCAGCCAUGGGAGCCAAGGGAGGCAUUCAGGUCCUGGUUACCACCAUGACCAUCAGGGUUUGUCCACUUUUCAUACUUCAGAAGGGGGGGUUUAUGACAGGCCCCAAUUAGUAUGGUCUGCCCAGCCCAGGACUGAUAAAGAGCUCGCCUACUGGAGAAGACGAGGGCAGGACUUCAGUGUACUCCUGGGCUAUUCCCAGAAAGCUGGUGUGGAAAUGAAAGGCUUGUCUGCAGCCCCGGGGACACCUCGGCACCCCAAAGAGAGUCAUCUGAAGGUGGGGAUGGGCACAGGGUAUGUUAGAAGAAGUGGCUUGCAGGAGAACUGUGAAGUGCCCAAUGACUGCAAAUGGCAAAGUCUGGCAAUGGAAAGCUGGAACCAGCCGAAAAAGGUAGGGAGGCAAAUGUCUGAGGGUGACAGGGAGAAACUGCUUCAAGAGCUGUAUUCUCUGACCCUGGGAGACAAUGUACUGAGCACCCACAACAAGGGGAAAUCGCAGUCACUGCCAAGGGUCCUUUCACCCGAGAGCAUGAGGUGCGUGGAAAUGCCCUCCCUGACCAACAGUAACAACUCACUCAGCGUAACUAAAACCCCCUCCUAUCCCCCAAGCAGGCUGAGUGUGGAACCAGCCAAGCACCAUGAAACAGGAAGCCAUUUCCUUCCCCUGGUGAAACCCAAGUAUGGGAAACCUCUCAAGCCCCCAGCCUAUGAACUGCAGCGGCAGAGCAGGGCACCUGCAGAAACGGCAGGCUUCCAGGACCACUACCAGAAGGAUGAACCCGUCUCCUACUUAGCCAAAGUUAAUGAGCCAAGGCAAGAUGCUUGCAUUCAAGACUCUGGUUUGGAGCCACCGGUCUAUGUACCUCCUCCUUCUUACAAAUCCCCACCUCACCACAGCGUGACCCCACACCCUCUCAGUGAAGUGCCUAACACCAACACGUAUGCCAGCAGCGAUCUGCAGGGUCCUGCAGAGCGGGUUAUCCCCUGCCAACGACCAGCUGUAAGUACUUUUGAAGCAGGGGGUGACCCCUGCAAAGACAACCACCUUCCUCAUGGGAAGCAAAGCCAUGCAAGGCGCCCUGCUGACUACCUGUGUUCUGUUCAGUAUAUUCCCUUUGAUGACCCUCGGAUACGACAUAUUAAAAUCGCACCACUGGAAGGUCUGCAGGACAAUGCUAAGCACACUGAAAAUGCACGGAGUCCCACUUCUGGUGCUUUGCAAGAGAGAAAUCUUGAAGUACAGUACAACAGUGCCUUUUUGGAUGCAUCAAAUUCGUCCAGUUCUGCAAAGGGAGAAAGAACUUCUGACAGCUCCACCCAUAGCAACAGAUGGUUGGCACCAUCCAUCCGAGAUCAGGAAAACUGUGCCUUGCCAGACCAAAGAGACAGUAGCACAACUAAUCACAGCCCCUAUAAUGAAGCCAGCACAGAGUACACAAAAGGCAAACUCUCUGUAAGAAAUUCACAUAUGGACAGCACCUGUGAGACUGUUACAAAAGUCAAAAAGUUUGAACCUGGAACUGGGAUGCAGAGCAAAAAGAGUUCAAAGAAAAAAAUGAAUGAAACUAUAUUUUGUUUGGUCUCUAUCCCAGUUAAAUCAGAAUCCAAUCUGCCAGAUACAGAUAGGAACAACAACAUAACCCAGAGCCCUGAUAAGAAUGGGUUUGAUAACAACAAUGGAGCUUUGCAAGAACAAAGUCUCUUAAGUAUGUCUUCAACGGACUUGGAGUUACAAGCGCUCACAGGAAGCAUGACCAAUAAAAAUGAGUUACAAAAACAAGAGCUGUGGAGACCAGAGGAGUUCAAACAAAUGAAUGACCUCAGAUUUAUUCAGCCUACAAAACACAGGGAGCUCAAAUACUCUGGCUCCUGGCCAGGUGAUCAGUACAAAGACCAGCAGACACAGACUAAUUUUGCUGAAGAACCUAAAAGCCCACAAUUUUUCCAUGGUACAAAGCCUGGGCAGCCUAAUAGUAACAAACUGCUGUCUCCAAAGCUCCUGGGAUGUACAGCAUCCACGACGGGGUCAAAACAGACAGAGUUACCUUCUGAUGAGGGAAGCUGCAGACAGAGCACUUAUGGCAUGAAGGGUCAGAUGUACCUCAGCCAGUCUAGCAACAGUGCAUUUUCCAGGACUGCCACCUCGGUUCUUCAGUCCCCCUCCCCAAAACCCCACCAGAGCCAGCCCAUGCCUGCCCAGGAGAGGGAAACUGACCUUUCCAAGGGAGAUGUAGUUAAGGGAGAAGCAGGCACUCCCUGCAAAAGGAAGGAGCUGUUUGGGCAGUUCCUAUUGAAGCCUGUAAGUCGCCGUCCCUGGGAUGCAAUAAGUGAGCUAGAAAGUUUUAACAAGGAGCUGCAAGAGCAGGAGGAGAGUACGAGCAGUGAAGAAGACUUGGAAAGUGCUGCAGCUUCUCCACUGGCAGGUGCCCUUAUGCAGAGGAGGGCAUCCAGAAAUGAGAAAUCAAACCAGGAGCCAAAACACAGUGGGAAGUUGGAAAUGCUUGUGCCAGAGGUGCCUGUAUUUAAGUCAGGAAGAGUUAAAAGUAAGUCUGAAAGUUGGAGCAUGGGAAAGGAGUAUGGUGGCGAGCCAGGCUGCGUUGGCUCUCGAGGCUCCUCGCAGCCAAGCGGGAGCAGUGAAGGAGUCGAGCCAGCAGAUGGAAGUCUGAUAACAGAAAUGAGGACAGGGGAAGCCAAGAGCAGAACAAGCAAACAUCCAGUUGAUGUGGGCCCUCUUGAGACAGUUUUGUCCAGUAGCCCAAACGGUUUGUGUCACAGUAAUCCUUUCAAUAAGCUUGUCUUGCAAGAGAUGAGUGAAGACCAAAAUUACCUGGGGUUUGUUAAACUGAGCAAAGGUGUAACUCCCACAAAUGAUAAGGUAUUAGAGAGAGGCUCAGAAGCACACUUGUCACCAACCAAGAGGAACCAAGGGCACUCUGAGCCAGAUUUGAGGUCAGUGGGACUUGAUGUAGUCCCAGGACCUGGUGCUAACAACCCUGAUCACUUUUCAAACGCAAAUGCCAUGGAAAUCCCAGUGAAUGAGUCAUUGCAGGCAAGAGCUGCAAGAAUUUUAGGUAUAGAUAUAGCAGUGGAGUCUCUCCUACCAGAUGAUCAGGUUGGAUGCCACCCAGGCACUACCCCUGCAAAUGGCACCCGGGACUCCCAGUCAUCAGUGGGAAGCACAGUAAGUGACAAAGAAGGUAAAAAAGAGGAUUCGUAUGAAGGCAGACGGAAGUGUGGCUGGACAGAGAGUGCUCUUUUUGUCAGAGUGGGAGGCCGAGAAGCCAGCACGAAAACACUGGUAACUGAGCAAGUUCUUGAACAGCCUGUGAAUCCCAGCCAAGGUGAGAACCAAAACUUGGUUUGCAAGUCAGCUGUGUAUCAGCACUCAGAAAAGAGAGUGAGAAGCACCUCGAAAGUGAUAGAGACACUGCAAGGCAAGCUGACGUCUCCACCCAGCCGGACUGCCAUGGAUCGCUUGGUGCGAAUGAAGGAGGUCGACUCCGUGUCCCGGAUGAGGCGGCUGAGCAUUAAAAGUGCAGACUCGGGAGAGGAGGUGGACGAGGAGAAGUUGUCAAGGGUACAAGAGGAGAGAGGAAGCAAACUGGGAAGCUCAGGGGCUGUUUCCAAGCGUGUUAUAUCUCUCAGUGAAAAUGGAUAUUUAGGUGGAAUGGACAAGAAGAAGAUCGACAGAGAUUUUUCAUUAGAUACGUAUGAUCCCACCAAAGUUGAAAAGGUGUGAGAUGAACGAAGAGGAGAAUAGAGAAGAUUUCUGCUCGGCUAAGAAUGUUUCACUGAUUUUUCUUCUUUUUUUUUCUUUUUUUUUUUUUUUCUUUCUGGGUGCUUUUUGUUUGUGUUUUGUUCUCUGAUGCUUGGAAAUUGCCUCCUUUUGUGGUGUUCAUGGUGUGCUGAUAAUGCCUUUACCACACUGCCACUAGGAGUUAGCUAUGUGUUAUCUGAAACUGUUUGAGAGACCACAGAAAACUGACUUCUACAUUGGAACCAUCUGGCUUUGUAGAGUUAAGACUUAAUACCUACUGUUGGCAAAGAGUUUUUUUCUGAACCCUGUUUCAGUCUCCAGGCAGGGAUGAUGAAAUACAUGAAGUGAGGCUUUUGAGCUUUCUCUUUGGUGUAAGUGUAAAUGUGAGAGAUUAGUGAAGUGGGUUUUUUUCUGUUGUUUGUUAAAAAAAAGAAAAGAAAAAAAAAAGAACGUGAAUUUAUAAGCUAAACUCCUAAGUAUCUACAGUCUGAACUUUGUUUAACUUAAGGGAUUUUUGGCCAUAAGUAGAAAGUGCUGCUGCACUGCGUGGGGGGGAAGGGCAUGUGAGAGAAUGGUAGCGAAGACUGAUUGUGAAAUGAUUUCUGACCUCCAGAGUUUGAAUUUACUCAGAUUAAAUACCUACUUGCCACCUAGAAAGAAGAAAAGA